CGCGGCAGCCUGCAGCUGCUACACGGAUGGACCAGGGGAGCGCAGCUAGUUAAAAAAUGCAAGCCAGAAUGACCGCAAUGUGCGUCUAUUAGCCCUUCUCUGGAUUUGUCUGUGAACAGCUAAUCAACCGGAGGGUGGUGGAAAGAGAGAGCGAAGAAAAAAAAGUCAAGAGGAGGGGGGGAAGACUUCGACACAAGGGAAAGAAAAUCUGGACUUGGGCUUUUUUUGCUGCCUCUUCGAUCAUUUUUUUCUUUUUUUUUCUCUUACCUCCCCCCUCUGCGUUGAUUCCGGUUGCUGUGUUAAUUGCUUUUGAUUCAUUUUGGCUGUUUUCCUCUCUCUUCUGCUUUUGGUUGAACCUGCACACCACAGUAACUGCGAUGGAGCAGCACAAAAAUAUUCGGUGGUUUUCAGCAUCGGCUUCCAAGGACAAUCAGUGGGGGAGAUGAGAGGAUGCCUCUUCCAGGCACGAUGGAUCUGAGCACCUGCUUUGCUCUCGGGGCCUCCUGUCCUCCACUGGUUCAUCUUAAUGCUGCUUUUGUCUGGAUUUAAUAGGAGCCAUUUUGUUGAAUUGCUUCUCUGUCCACUUUACUCUUUUCUGGAGGGGAUUAAAAAAAAAUGCCCAACUGCUCCUGAUGGGAGGAAGAUGAAUGAAUGCCGUCCAGUUUGCGCUUAGUGAUCAAAAGGGGGAGACCAGAUCUCUCAGUAAACAAAAACUUAUGAGCCUCCUCCUGCACUGUCGAUGGAAAAAAGAACGAGAGCCUUGCUCAAACCAGGGUAGGGCGAGUUCUCCGUCCCUGAGCCGAAUCCCCACACAAUGUUGAAUUAUGAACGUGCCACAUCAUGAGUCUCUCGGGGCAGGUAACUGUGCACCGUGCCUGGAACUCAGCCCUGCUCUGUGCAGUCUACCUCAUGUUGCGAGCGUGGAGUGUGUGCGCGGCCCCCUCGGGCUCCCUCAACUGCCCGGCCGUCUGCUCCUGCAGUGGCCAGUUCAGUAAGGUGGUGUGCACCCGCCGCGGCCUCAUCCGAGUGCCUCCGGGGAUCCCGUCCAACGCCCGCUUCCUCAACCUUAUGGAGAAUAGCAUCGAGGUCAUCCAGGCGGACACUUUUCGCCACCUCCACCACCUGGAGGUUCUACAGCUGGGCAGAAACUCCAUACGCCAGAUCGAGGUGGGCGCCUUCAAUGGCCUGACCAGCCUCAACACGCUGGAGCUGUUCGACAAUCGGCUCACGGUCAUACCCAGCGGGGCGUUUGAGUACUUGUCCAAGCUGAGGGAGUUAUGGCUGAGGAGCAAUCCCAUCGAGAGCAUCCCGUCGUAUGCAUUCAACCGGGUACCUUCGCUCAUGCGCUUGGAUUUGGGCGAGCUGAGGAAGCUGGAGUAUAUCUCGGAUGGAGCUUUCGAGGGAUUAUACAACUUGAAAUACCUUAACCUUGGAAUGUGUAACUUGCGUGAGAUGCCCAACCUCACGCCGCUGACAGGACUGGAGGAGCUGGAGAUCUCGGAGAACUUCUUCCCUGAGAUCAAGCCCGGCUCCUUCAGGGGCCUAAAGGUUCUGAAGAAACUCUGGAUAAUGAACUCCAAGAUCACGCUGAUCGAGCGGAACGCUUUUGAUGAUGUCACAGGCCUGGUUGAGCUCAACCUGGCCCACAACAACCUCAGUUCCCUCCCGCACGACCUUUUCGCUCCCUUGAGCUACCUGGUGGAGCUGCACCUCCACCACAACCCGUGGCGGUGCGACUGCGACGUGGUGUGGCUCUCCUGGUGGCUGCGCGAGUACAUCCCCACCAACUCCACUUGCUGUGGCCGCUGCCAUGCGCCGGCCCACAUGCGUGGACGCUACCUGGUGGACGUGGACCAGAGCACCUUCCAGUGCUCGGCACCGUACAUCCUGGACGCACCGCGGGACCUGAACAUCUCGGCGGAGCGUGUGGCCGAGCUCAAGUGUCGCACGGCGCCCAUGUCCUCGGUGCGAUGGCUGCUCCCCAAUGGCACGGUCCUCACUCACGGUUCCAACCACCCGAGGAUCCUGGUGCUCAACGAUGGCUCGCUCAACUUCUCCAACGUGCUGCCCAACGACACGGGCGUCUACACCUGCAUGGUGACCAACGUGGCCGGCAACUCCAACGCCUCGGCCUACCUGAACGUGAGCGCGGCCGAGCUCAACACGUCCGACGUGGUUUGCUGCACCACCACCGAAUUCUACGACAUAGCGGUGCCCGUGUCGUCCGAGGACAUGCUCAAGCCCAAGACCACCGUCACGGCCUCGCCGUCCGUCUUUCAGCCCGUCUUCAUCUCCACGCCCACCGUGCUGCUGCAGACGCCGCGACAGGUGUCCGUGCCCACGUCGGCCCGCGGGACCCCGCGCCCGCCCUCGCCCAGCCUGGACGACAUGAUGAAGACCACCAAGAUCAUCAUCAGCUGCUUCGUGGCCGUCACCAUGCUGGCCGCCGCCAUGCUGGUCGUCUUCUACAAACUGCGCAAGCGGCACCAGCACCGGAGCAGUGUGGCCGCCGCCAGGACUAUAGAGAUCAUCCACAUGCAGGAGCAGGAGCAGGAGAUGCCGCCGCCGGCCUCACAGGGGACCUGUCUGCCUGGCGAAGGCCUGCGCGAACACAACAGCAUCUACAAGCCCUACAGCAGCGGCACCUACAAAGCAGCAGCACACGGAGCUAUCUGGACAGAGAACAACAUCACACAUGGCAACUCUCUGCACCGUCCGCGGCCCACCACGACCACCACCAUCAGCACCAUCCACGAGCCCUACCUACCUAAAAAAGCCCACAAGGAGAAGGUACAGGAGACUCAGAUCUAGCAUCUCUCUUGUCUCUUAUCCCCAGACCUCC